CACCGUUGCUUUUAAUCGAGGGGCCGAAAUUUCCUUCAUUUAACUUCCAAUUUUCUUCCAAUGCUUCAACUGACCCGCAAAACUUCAAAAUAAAAAAUCAUCCAAUUUAUUUAUAUCACGGUCGUUCCCCUUCGGAAGCCGUGGUGGAAUUAGAUGCCGAAGACAUCGAUGUAGAAAUAAAAGAUCAUGCUGUUCGCACAGCAACCAGUGUAUGGGAUGCGGGUUUGAUCCUUGCAAAAUUUCUCGAAAAACAAGAAAAACAAAGUAAAAUAAAUUUCACCCAAAAAAAUUUUCUUGAACUUGGAUCAGGUAAAGCGAUCCCUUCUUUGACGGCAGCAAUCUUAGGAGCAAAGAAGGUUAUAACAACAGACGUUCCCGAUAUAACACCUCGGAUAAAAAAGAUUGUUAAAUUGAAUGGACUAGAAAACAACAUUAUUGUUAAACCCCUAGAUUGGUUAAGUCGAGAAAAUUUGCCGGAAUCUAUAGUUCUCGAAAAUGAUCCGUUGGAUUUCAUUAUGGGAGCAGAUAUUGUAUGGGUCGAUUAUUUAAUUCAACCGUUGGUCGAGACAAUAGACGCAUUAUCAACACCUUUGCGCACAAAACUCAUACUUUCACAUCAAACGCGCACGAUAAAGUCUGAUAAAAUGUUUUUUGAGGGGUUAAAAAAAAUGAAUUGGAAGGUGGAGAAGAUUUCUCGUGAUGAAUUAAACUGGGAAGAGGGAUUCACAAAAGAUGGUGUUGAGAUUUAUUAUGGAUACAAGGAGUUAACUGAAUGA